UUUUAAUUCAAACGGAUAAUACAAACCCCAGAAGCAGCAAAAGCUAGAAGUCGAGAGAGAACCUCCGUCAAGGUGCCAUCAAUGUCCGCUCUCAGCAUCGGUAUAGCCACUACCGCCAUAACCAUCCGUAGAAAUCUCACACCUUCGAGCUCUUCGAGGCCCAGAGUUUCCUGCAUUGGAUGGGACCCAGAAGGCCUACUCGGCCCGCCGCAGACCGGCCACAUCGCAAGGCGUGAGUUCAAGAGGCGGCUCGAGAGAGACACUGAAGCCCGGGAAGCCUUCGAAAGCCAAGUUCGUGAAGAAAAGGAGCGCCGCCGUGCGCUUCGACAGUCUCGGGUUGUUCCAGAUACUCCGGAGGAGCUGAUCGAGUACUUUCUGGACACCGAAGCACAAGAGAUUGAGUUUGAGAUAGCGAAGUUGAGGCCGCGAUUGAACCAGGCAUUCUUUUCACAUCUACAAUUUGAGUUGGGUCAGCUUCGAUUUGCUGUUUCAAAAACCCAGAACGCGGAAGACAGAUUGAUUGAGCUAGAAGCACUGCAGAAGGCCCUGCUGGAAGGAACAGAAGCAUAUGAUAAAAUGCAAGCUGACCUCAUAACAGCAAAAGAAAACCUAACCAAAAUCUUGACAUCAAAGGAUGUAAAAGCCACUUUAUUGGAGAUGGUUGAGCAGAAUGCACUAAAUAGAUCCUUAUUGACCCUUCUCGAUGAAAACAUAGCAAAUGCUCACAACUGUAACCAGCAACAAGCAGCGGAAUUCAUGGAAAAGCUUCGGGGGGCCAUUCUCAGGUACAUGACAGUUUAGUAAUCAAGUAGCGCUUUCAGUCUUCUAAAGGAGUUGUUGAUGACUUUGCUUUGAGAGAUAUCUGCUGCCACUCCUCAUGCACUACAUUAUAUUAAAAAAAGUUUUAUGAGUAAUGGACUUUUUAUCAGGAGAUGCUGGGAUAUACGAUAAUGUACACAAUGACAUUGUAGAUCUUUCCUCAAUAUUGGCAAAAUGAUUGAAAUUGGAAUCA